AUGGAACGGAAAAGAAUUAUCACCAUCACACUUGUGUGUGUUUUGUUCUGUGAACAUCAGAGAAUCUUUGGGACAGAUGUGAAUGUCAGAGUUAAACCAGGAGACAAUGUUACUAUCUUCUGUGAUUGUGUCAUACCAGCUGUUAAUAUGAUUUGGAUUAGGAAUGAAUCAUAUGCAAAUCUAUCAUCUAUAUUAAUGAGUGCUGAAAACUGGUUCUCAGGGAUGUUUCCACGUUUUAGUUUUGUGCUAAACAGCUCCACUCAUUCAUUUGAUCUACAUAUUGCGAAUGUCAGUAUAUAUGAUGAGGGAAUCUAUUACUGUGCAGAAGCAAAUAAAGAAAUUACAGAAGUGAAUGGCAUGUUAGAGUCCAGUGUGGAGUACCAGUAUGGAAACAGAAAAACCCAUCUAGCUGUGUUGGACUCAAUACCUGCUUCUACUGAGCCCCCCGUCAAAACUGAUCCAUCAAAUAAUAUGACCUUAUGGAUGCUGCUGGGCAGUCUGUGUCCUGUGUGUCUUAUUCUUUGCUUCAUCUGUAUAUGCUGCCUUUGUCAACAGAAGAAAAAUACAGCUUCUGGAGUUGAAACACAAGCAAGGAACAGACAUGAUGAGGAAAAUGAUGUGCAUUACGCAUCAAUAAACACAGCUUCCAUACAAAAACAGCCGAGGAGAUCGCCUCGUUCUGAUUUCAGCACUUAUUCGGAGGUCAGAUUCAAAAGGACAUAAAACAUUGAAGACUAUUCUGGAAUUUUUGUGUAUUUUCAGGUGAUAUUUAUGUAUAAUAUAUAACCACCACAGUGUCUGCAACAGUGCAUGUACUAAAAGUAAAAGUUUAGUAGGUACUAAAUAAAAGCAUCAAUGUUAUUUAUUUUGUAAAACAGUUUCCUAAUAACUAAAUGUUUCUUGUCAACGUACAUGAAUGAAAAACAUUUAAAAUAAAAAUAUUGUAUUAACAAAUAAUGUAUUUUUCGGUCUAAAAUGCAUACCACAUAAAUUCAAAAGGGGGGAAAACACAUAGGCAUAUUUGCAUUUAAAAUGACUUAAAUUUCAUGUGUUUGCUGAAAACUGAACCUGUGACAUUGACACUGUUGCAACAUUCUCUGUUGAGCAUCAGUUACAUAAGAGCAGCAGGUGUCAUUUCUAAUGGUCAGCAGACUGUAAUGUGGUUGAUUUCUUUGCAAUGUGUGAUGCUGUACUGCUGACACAUCCACAGGCUUGAUGACAAUGAAGAAACGUUAUCUUCUGUCAGAAGGGAAACCACAAAGGUUUCCACUCAAGCAGGCAACAGACCGUGGGCCAAAAAUAUACACGUGAGAGA